AUGCAGCCACCAGCAAAUGAAUUAGAGCCACCAAAAGAUACUCCAAUCACCGUCGACGAGCUCAAGGAGCAUGACGGCAGCAAUGAUAAGCCAAUCUAUGUAGCCAUCAAGGGUACAGUAUUCGAUGUAACAAAGAAGAAGGAAAUGUACGGUAGUGGUCAGUCCUACAAUAUAUUCGCCGGGAAGGAUGGAAGCAGAGGACUUGGAAUGAGUAGUCUGAACCCGGAAGACGCGGUAUCUGAUUAUAGCACACUCUCAGAGAAAGAGCUGUCUGUACUUGACGAUUGGUACAAAUUCUUCAGCAAACGAUACAAUAUCGUCGGAAGAGUCGUAUAA